AUGACCGUCAAAGUUUUGGCUCACUUCGAACGCUACAACAUCUUCGCGGAAGAGCAGAAAGGAUGCAAGAAAAAUAAGCAUGGCUGCAAAGACCAGACCAUCAUCGAAGCAUCCAUAGUCGGACAAGCGAACCAGCGGAACUUCAGCAAGGCGAGGAAAUCAUCGCCAGAGAUUCUCGAGAUGUCACUCAUUUUAGUCACACUGCUGUUAGGAUGCACCUUCAAGUCUAUACAAGCCAACGACAAAGUGGAUUCAACUUCUGGAUUGAUUGCAAUUAUCUUGGAUAGAUACUACAUUCAGAGGCAGGUGCCUCUCCUUAUACACAUCGAGGGAGAUCCUUCACAGGCGGAGUUCAUCCAUCGGAUAAGCACCAAAAUAAAUUCUCCUAGAGUGCUCCAAUUGAGUCAAAGUGUCUCUGAAUACAAAUCUUGGUUCUAUGCUGUAUUGUUCUUGGAAAAUUAUAGCAGUUUUCAAAGCGCCUGUCGAAGAUUGGAUUCGGAUGAUUUCGAUCUCUUUGGAUAUUACACGCUCGUCUUCAUCCAGGCUAACCAAACAGAAAUUUGGUCAAUGUUCAACAUAUUGUGGGACCUGAAAAUUACCAGAGCAGUCAUCAUAGCCAUCAACGAUGGUGAACCCCGGUUGUACAAUUACUCCCCAUAUGCCAGAAACAAAUGCGGAACGCCCAGCGUGCAGCAAGUCGAACUCACUGUAGCUACGGAGUUAUUCAAACACCGACUAACCGAUCUCCACAACUGUCCGCUCCGUCUAGGUACAUUCGAGACGUCACCUUUCAUACGCUUCCUACCCUCAUCGGAAGACGUUACCUCGGUGAGUGGUUUCGAGGGGGAUCUCAUCACCGCCAUUUCCACCAAAUUACGGUUCAGUUUGCGAAUUGUCACUCCUCCCGAUGGGCUCCAGUGGGGAGUUCCCAACCGUAACGAGAGUACUGGCUUGAUGCGAGUUCUGUACGAAGGAGCGGCACACUUCGGCAUUGGUUGUCUUGGUUUGAUCGCCGAGCGAAAUGAAAUUCUUCAACCCGGAAGGCCACAUUACACGUCCCGGGUCGUGUUCGCAGUACCCGAUGGGCGGCCAUACAAUUCGUUUGAGAAACUGUUCAAACCUUUUGGAUUUUUACUGUGGAUAGGUCUCGUCGCUACAAUAGGUCUAGCUGGUGUUACCAUUUUGUGUUUGAAAUUUUUCUCCGAGGGCGUUCGACGUUUCGUCUAUGGAAGAAACAAUAAUGCGGCCUUCCUCAAUGUUUUGAGUGUGUUGUAUAACGGUGGUGUCGGCAAGAGUCCGACGCGAAACUUCGCGAGAACUUUAUUGAUACUUUGGAUAAGCUAUUGCCUUGUGCUGCGCACUGCGUACCAGGGAGCUUUGUUCAGACAUCUUCAGGCCAACAAGAAACACAAACAUUUGGAAACGAUGGAUGAAAUACAACGGUCGGAUGAUUUGCAUUUUUACAUGUUGAAGAUUUCGGAGAGAUUCUUCCAAAACAACAGUCGGGUAUUGGGCCGCGUUCGGACCAUCAAACCCGGAAAUGAAAGCUUGAAUGGCGCGCUGGAUGCCCUAGCAUCGAAAAAGCUACCAGGUGGGGUCGUUUUGGUCUCCAGAGAUCACAUUGCGUUUCACAAUAAACAUCGACUGCACAUCGGAUUCAUUCGUAGUACUCGAGAUUAUCUGGCGUCCCUUCCGAUUGUGAUUUACUACCCAAAACGGUCGUUUCUGGUCCAGGAGUUUAACCGGGUGAUAGGAAGCCUCGAAACGGCCGGAUUGAUCAGUUACUGGGUGAGACAGUACGGAAACUAUGAUUUUUUUCCAAAGGAUACAGCGCAAGUACGUCCGACACCACUGAACAUCGGGCAGCUCAUGGGAUGUUUCGAGACGUGCGCCGUGAUGUGGACGAUUGCUUGUGGGGUGUUCGUGCUGGAACUGUUGUCCGGAAAGGUUGUAUUUCUGCGGGAGAUGUUAGAUUUCAUGAGUUCGGGACAGUUAUUCGACAUGAUUGCUCUAACGAUUCUCACUGCUAUUACGCUGAGCCAUACGCUUAUCCAGUUGCCGUCAGAUCCAUCCGGCGACCUAUUAAUUGAAGCGACUGUGAAAGUAUUGGAGGAGAGUUUUUCAAGGGAUGUUGAUACUGUAUACUUCUGUUCAUUUUUGACAUACAAACGUAGCGACGCAGUUGGGAGCAUCAUAAUACGGACCGCUGGCUUGCUACCCGUAAUCAUAAAAGCUGCAGAUGUAACGUUGGAUCACAGACCAAAGCAGCGACACAGUGUUAUUCUGCUCGACUCCUGGCGGUCCUUGAUGAUGUUUGAAGAUCAUAUCUCACGAAACCGGUUCGACUGCACGGGUUAUUUCUUAAUACUGCUAUCAUCAAAUCUUGGCUGCUACGAACUAAUGUCAACUGUACUCAAGAUAGCUGCGAACUAUCUGAUGUACAAUAUUAACAUACUGUACCGUUACGAGGAAGUCGUGAAAAUGUAUACAUACUUCCCGUACGGAUCGAAAGGAGGUGCUGUUAAGGGCAUUGUCUGUUGGAAUAGAUUUGAAGCGACCGGCUUCACCACUCGAAGACAACACUUUCCACGUAAACUCGAAAACUUUCACGGUUCGGCGCUUCGGGUAGCUCUCUUCAAUGUGAUACCAUUCGUGGAACUGGUUUACGACAACCAACAGAGAGUGAUCGAUUUCAUGGGUAUCGAAGGAUCCUUGCUGCAAACAAUCUUGCAUUUGCUGAACUUCACGGUUGUUCCUGUGGAGUUACCGGCAUCUGUUCGGUGGGGUAAUUUAUAUCCAAACGGAAGUGCUACUGGAGCGAUGCAACUGCUACUCAAUGGUUCGGUCGACCUCACGGUGGGAUUCUUCGGUAACAAUCCCUUGCGCCAACAGUACAUGACUGGAACGUUCAGCUACUACCAAACGGCACUUACUCUGAUAAUAUCCCCCGGUGAUGAGUACGGAAGCCUCGAGAAGCUGACGCUUCCAUUUCAGUUCUCUCUGUGGAUAUGUAUCGCUUCGGUCAUCGUGAUCGGAGCAUUAGUUAUCAUAGCGUUGAAAACACUGCCUCGCUUCGUGCAAAGUUUUGUGUUUGGCCAAGGAAACAACACUCCGCUUAUGAACUUCAUCCAGUCCACGAUGGGUAACCAGGUGAAUCCAUCUCCGAGGCGCAACUUUGCCCGGUUCCUUCUGUUGAUCUGGGUUCUUUCCACGUUUAUCCUACGAACUGCGUACCAGCAGAUCAUGUUUUAUAACUAUCAUCACAUCAAAACACAUCAAGCCCCACAUGACUACGACGAGUUCAAUGCGAACCACUACCACAUCUACGCCGUACCAUCCGAACUGUAUCUAUUCGAGCGUUUACAGAGCCAAGGCCGCGUCACGAUCGUUUCAGCCGAAAAGAACGCCGACAUGCUACAGGCGAUCCGGUACGGGCGUGUAAAGGGCGCUCGAGUCAGCUAUCCAGAGUACGUUCACCACCUGAACGAGCAGGCACUCAUCGAGGGAAGGCCUAUCUAUCAUCAGUUCGAUGAACGCCUGUACAGCUAUUCGCUCAGCUUUUUCUUCCGAAAAGACUCACCCCUAGUGGACUCUUUCGAUCGGACGAUUUACCCACUGGUAACACAUGGAUUCGUCCAGCACUGGAAGCGGGAAAAGUACGAUCGCAAGCUGGCAACACUGAUUCGAGACGAUCAGAGGCGGGUGCGUAUGGAACCACUGACAGUGCGGAUGCUGACGGGCGCUUUUGGUUUGUACCUCGUCGGAAUGGUUUGCGCCGGGCUGGUUUUUGUGGGUGAAAUGUGUGUAAACAUUCGUCAUUAG